ACCAUGACUCCCAAAACUGUUCUUAUCACAGGAUGCUCGUCUGGCAUUGGGCUGGCUUUGGCUGUAAAACUAGCACAAGACAAGCAAAGGAGGUUCAAAGUGAUUGCUACUGUGAGGAAUGUGGCCAAGAAGGAACAGCUGGAAGCAGCUGCUGGGGAUGCUCUCAACAAGACCCUAGAGAUCAAACAGCUGGACGUCUGUGAUGAGAGAUCCAUCCGCCGCUGCAUCAACAGUGUCCCUUCCAGGCACAUAGACAUCCUUGUCAACAAUGCCGGGGUAGGUCUCAUUGGGCCCAUCGAAUGCCAGUCAAUUGAGGAGAUGAAGACCAUCAUGGAGACCAACUUCUUUGGUGUGGUGCGAAUGAUUAAGGAGGUUCUACCUGACAUGAAGAAAAGAAGGAGCGGCCACAUCGUGGUCAUCAGCAGUGUUAUGGGCUUGCAAGGCAUCAUGUUCAACGACGUCUACGCAGCAUCCAAAUUUGCCAUUGAGGGCUUCUGCGAAAGCCUCAUCAUUCAGACGCUCAAGUUCAACAUCUUCAUCAGCUUAAUCGAACCAGGCCCUGUGGUGACUGAGUUUGAGAUGAAGGUCUAUGAAGGUGCGGGGAAAGCAGACUACUCCCAGACAGACUGUGAGACAGCUGAGAUAUUCACCAAUAUCUACCUGAAGAAUUCCAAGGCCAUCUUCUCCAGUUUGGGUCAGACCCCUGAAGAUGUGGCCGAGCACACGCUGAAGGUCAUCAGCAUGGCCAAGCCGCCCUUCCGUCACCAGACCAAUGCUGUCUACACACCCAUGACUGCCCUCAAGCAUGCUGACCCCACUGGGGCUCUGAUGACCGACUCCUUCUACAAGCUGGUCUUCAAAUAUGAUACCCUCUUGCACGUCAGCUUGAAAGCCAUCCGACUCAUCCGCUGGCAGGCCCAUAAAAUGAGGCAGGGGGCCCGGUUGCUGGGCUUCCGGUGAGGUCUCCCAUAGGCCAACAGAGCCUCUACUUGAGGGAUAGGAUUGCCAACUCUGAGAAAUUCCUGGAGAUUUUGAAGUGGAGUCUAUGGAGGUCAGGGUUUGUGGAGGGGAGGUACCUCAUUGGGGUAUAAUGCCGUACAGUCUACUCUCCAAAGCAGCCAUUUUCUCCAGAGAAACUGAUCUGAUUUUGGGAGAUCUCC